CACGUAUACGUUAAAUGCGCUGGCGUUACAAACUAACAACUAAAAAAUUAACGUUUUGCUUAAUAAAAAGUGUUCAUUAAAAAAAUGGCAUUCUUCAAAUACGAAUAUUUCAAACUCAACUCCACAAAUUUUCCGUACGCGCAUCUAGCGGACAAGCGCACGCAACAUUGGCUGCUGGUCGAGUCUUACGGCGAUGUAGUGGCGCUUGUGACAUUGUAUCUGUUGCUGGUGCGCUAUCUGCCAAAAUGGAUGCAAAGGUAUUGCAUUUCGCACUUAUAUAACUCUUACAGACGUAAACCCUUCCAAAUGAAACCUUUGAUGUUGCUCUAUAAUUUUUUGAUGGCUUUACUGAAUGCGCACAUCUGCAAGGAGCUUCUAUUCAAUGGCAUACGCUCGAAGUAUAAUUUCUGGUGUCAGCCAAGUCGUGAGCUGUACACGAAAGAAGAAUUGAGGAUUGCUGCUGCUGUUUGGUGGUUUUACUUCUCCAAAUUGCUGGAAUUUGCCGAUACGAUUUUCUUCAUUUUACGUAAAAAGCGGGAGCAGUUAACCUUUCUACACGUCUAUCAUCAUGGCACUAUGUUUCCAUUGUGGUGGAUCGCUAUAAAGUGGGUGCCCACCGGAUCGACAAUCAUACCAUCCGUAACGAAUUCAUUCAUACAUGUGAUUAUGUACAGCUACUAUGGACUAAGCGCAUUGGGGCCUAGCGUUCAAAAAUUUCUCUGGUGGAAGAAAUACCUUACUGCAUUGCAAUUGAUACAAUUUGUGUUCGGUGCCUGUUGGUCUGCUCAAGCUAUUAUAAGAGGCUGCGAUUUUCCCACUUGGAUCAAUGUUACGACCAUCGUUUAUAUGGCAUCUUUGCUAUUCCUCUUUGGACAAUUUUAUGUGAAAACAUAUCAAACAAACAAAAUUAAAGAUAAAUAA